UAAACCAAACCAACCAUCCAAGUCCAGCAUCAUCACUACUACUCCUAAUCACAACAAAAACAUCUUACUAUACUACCAUAUAUAUAAUAAUGGUCCGAGUGAAGAAGAUAGUCGAAGAUGUCUCCGGCUGGCUCAGACUCUACGACGAUGGCUCGGUCGACCGUACAUGGACAGGGCCACCCCAGGUCAAGUUCAUGGCCGAGUCUGUGCCGCCUCAUGAUCAAUACAUCGACGGAGUCGCCACUCGAGACGUCGUCGCUUACCCAAAAUCCGGCCUACGAGUCAGAAUCUAUCUUCCGGAAAAGACUCCUGAAGAGGAAGCUACCAAACUACCUGUCUUACUUCACUUCCAUGGCGGUGGCUUUUGCAUCAGUGAAGCCGAUUGGUUCAUGUACUACACCAUCUACACCCGGUUCGCGCGUCAAGCAAGGGCAAUUGUCGUCUCUGUCUUCCUCCGUCGAGCUCCGGAACACCGUCUUCCUGCGGCUGUCGACGACGGAUACUCCGCCCUCUGCUGGCUCAGCUCUCAGGCAAAAUCUUGCACGGAGACUUCGCUUUCCGGAGCCGAUUUCAACAGGGUUUUUCUCAUUGGUGACAGCUCCGGUGGGAAUUUAGUCCACCAUGUGGCGGCGCGAGCAGGAAAGGAGGAUCUGAGUCCGCUGCGGCUUGCUGGGGCGAUCCCGGUCCAUCCAGGAUUCUGCCGGCCUGAGCGGAGCCGGUCGGAGAUGGAGCAGCCUGAGUCUCCGUUCCUUACGUUGGACAUGGUGGACAAGUUCAUAGCAAUGGCCCUGCCGGUGGGAUCCACGAAGGAGCACCCGAUAACGUGUCCGAUGGGAGCGGCGGCGCCGCCUUUGGAGGAACUGAAGCUGCCACCGAUGCUGCUAUGCCUUGCGGAGAAGGAUAUGAUCCUGGACACGGAGAGGGAGUACUAUGAGGCUAUGAAGAAGGCCAACAAGGACAUUGAGAUUCUGAUGAGCGUUGGGAUGGGUCACAGCUUCUACCUCAACAAGAUCGCCGUCGAUAAUGACCCCGCCACGGCUGCCCAGACCGACGCCUUCUACGCCGGGGUCGUAGAGUUCAUCAGAAAACAUUGAGAUAUCAAACGGUUUAGAUUGGGUAUAAUAAUAUAAGAGUGUACGCUUUCUAAUCAAUAAGAAGUGAGUGAACGUGGCUGCCCUACUUACUGUGUCUCUUGUAUCUUUUUGUUUUUGUUUUUUUUUUCUUUUUGUUUCUAUUGAAUUGUGUUAGUACAUAUUUAUAUUGGAACGUUUUUAGUUACGGGCCGAAAAAAAAUCUGGCCAAUUUCUUUUCUA